GUGUUGAAUUAGUAUUGUUUAAUCUUAUCUCCUCGUAUGACAAUAACAGGUACAAGUAUUUAAUAUCUAAGUGAAUCGCAAAACUAGCGUCUUUAUUUUGUGUAUUCUCGUGGUGAAAGUUCGUUGUUCUCAAGAUGAAUUUCAAGUGGGUUGUACUGUUCUGUUUGGUGACUUUUGUAGUCUUCGCAGAGAGCAAAAAAUACGAUAAAAAAUCCAAAGAUAAAAAUCAAGUGGAAACUAAGAAAAACAAAGAAUACGUUCAAAAAAAAGACACGAGUAAAGAUUCUACAAAAAUUAAUGAAGUUCCAGUUCAAAGUAAACAAACCAAAGAAAAUUACAAUAAAAAAUCGCAACAACAAGAAAGCAAAUCAAAACAAUACGUAAAAGAAGAGAAGAAUCAAAAUAACAAAAAAUUCAAAAGGGAAGUAAAAGAAGAAAACGCAUUGAAGGAAGAGAAAGUAGAAACCUCGAACAACAAUGAAAAUGUCAUAAGUGAGGCUGUACAGCCAGAACCGGUUGAAAGUAAACAGACCAAAGAAAAUUACAAUAAAAAAUCGAAACAACAGGAAAGCAAAUCAAAACAAUACGUAAAAGAAGAGAAGAAUCAAAAUAACAAAAAAUUCAAAAGGGAAGUAAAAGAAGAAAAAGCACCGCAGGAAGAGAAAGUAGAAACCUCGAACGGCAAUGGAAAUGUCAUAAGUGAGCUUGUGAACGAGGAACCUCUCCAGAAACCCAUUGAAACUGUUCAAGAAGAGCCCGUUCCAGAAAAAAAGAAAUCCAAAAAAGAUGCGCAAAAAAAAUCAAAGAACAGUGUAAAAUCUGAAAAAGUUGAGCAAAAACCAGAAAAACACCAGAAUUGUCCGGUCAAAGAGGAGACUGAGCAACAUGUUCAGAGCGAAUCGUGUUGGAAAAAUGGUGAAAAUCCAGUCCUUGAAGAUCCCGAGAUCGUAAAAGAAUCUGCGUAAUUUUUUGAUGAACAUAAAUAGGUAAAAAUGUAAUUUUUUUAUUUAUUCAGUAAAAAAUAUUCAAAUCGAAAA